CACGCUCUCAUGCUGAGUAGGACCAACAAUGAGACCAUCACUGAGACCAGCAGUGAGACCAUCAGUGUGUGCUACAGCUAUGGACCGUGCUGGGACAUGUGUUUUGCUGUGUGUUCUGUGUCUAGUGUGUUCCCGUUGUGAAAUUUUUUCCUCUGUGGCCAAACUUAAGGCUCUGGUCAAAACCGAGGAGAAGUUUCUGGAAUAUUUAGAGAAUAUUUUAGAGGCGUCUAGCCAAGCCAAUAUCAACACAAAGAAAUUCAAAGAAUUAAGGAGGGUAGCAGAGAGAGUGAGGAGACGCCUAGCACACCUACCCGCCAACUUGUGCCACAGUCCAGUCUCCGCCCACCUGCUCAUCCGGCAAGUCUACCAUGACUGGCAGACGAUUGUAAAACCUGCUCAAACCACGGUUACUGCCCCUGAUUUUUUGGAAGAGAAUGUAGGAAACUUACGUGAAGCCAUUUCAAAAUGGCCGAACUGGGUGUCAGAAUCAGACAUUGAGGGUUCUGCUCUGGGUCUGGUCAGGAUUGCAGAGGUCUACAACAUCAUCCCCGCCCCCUCUUGGUUCAACGCUACACCAACACAUCGUCCCAUCGAGAGGUGCUUAGCUUGUCAAAACUUUGUCCAACUGGACAUAGGAACGCUCCCCCUCAUGUGUCCCAUCAUUGACAAGCACCACGGUCGUCAUGACUACCGACUGUUUGCCGCCAUAGACUACCUGGUUGUCAUGGAGACCGCCGUCAAAUUUGGGUUGUACGAGGAAGCGUUUCUUUGGUUGAACUGGUUUGAGGUCAACGUCUGCCCAGGUCAACCCAGUCACGUGAUCAGAAGGUCAAGGUCACUAAGACAAAGCUUGAGUUCACAGAGCAGACAGUCGUUGGCUAAUCAGGACGGAUUUCGACAAGACGAGGUGCAGGCUCAAUUUACCAAGUUGUGUCAAAGGUCAACUAGGGGAAGUCAAAGGUCAACUAGGGGAAGUCAUCCUGCGGAACAGGAUGAACAGAGCAGAAAGCUCUUGACCUGCCACUGGAGAUUUGUUUGGCCGUACUACAGGUUUAAAGCGGAGCUCUUGAACGUCCGCCCAGCACUCAUUCUCUAUCAUGACGUCAUCUCAUCCUCAGAGAUCCAACACAUGCAAGAGCAAGCCGUGAAAAAACUAGCGCCAUCAGAGUUGCCAAAUAGAACAGCAACAUCCACGCUGAUCCGUUCCAGUCAAACCGCCUGGCUGGAUGACGACACAGCGACACUUCACAAACUAUCCAUGCGUGUCGGUCAGAUCACUGGGCUGGAUACAAGAAGAACUGACCACGCCACUCCAGCCGAACCUUUCCAAGUGCUCAACUACGGCGCUGGCGGCGUCUACAGGCUCCACACAGAUUCUGUGAAACUGUCACGUGAUCUAGGCAAAGAAAAUAUAUCGGCACUACAAGAUGCAGGGGACCGACUGGCCACCUGGAUGUUCUAUGUAGGUACUCGCUGUCUGCUGGG